ACGUCACUUCCGCAGGGUUAAACCGGGGAAAGUUGUUUCCUGAAGCUUUUGCAGUCGUGGACGUUUUCUUCUCGUUUCAUGUGUUUUUUUCCCCCACAGCUGAACUCGUCAACACGGACUUUUAGUAGGCAGUCGAAGCACAUGGCUGUAGACUUAUAAUAAUGCUGAAACGAACAGGAAGUGUCGCGUUGAACGACUUUUAGAGCAUGGAGGUGACGAGCAAGGAGGACAGCCAGUCUGCUGCAUCGGCUGACGAUGAAGUGAACGUUCAGCUCCAGCUGCUCGAGUGCCGGGCACAGUUGGAGCACUGGCAGGGAGUGGCAAAGAUUUGUGAGCUGAGCAAACAGGAGGAGUUGCAGGAUCUGCAGAGACAGUGUGACCAGGAGAUACAAUCACUCCAUGAGGCACUCAGAGAAACAGCCUCUCAGUAUGAAGCCAGAAUAUCUGCGCUUCAAGCAGAGCGUGCUCAGUGGAGGAGAGCAGGGUUCAGCCCAGAAAACAGGGACAGCAUAAAAAAAGGAAGGAUAGAGAACACCUCUCCGCCUAGUGAGAGGCUGAAGAAUGAGGGUGUGGCAGAAGACGUUGAGCCUCAGGAUCUGUUGGCUGAACCCUCUGACAGCGAGAGCACUGGACUACAUAUGGAGGGAUUCUACAUGCAGCAGUGUGACACCUCCUCUCUGUCGUGCUUCUCUCUGGAUACCCCGUUACUCUCCCGGCGCACUCCCCCUCAGGAUGACACCGCUUCCCUGGUCUCAACAGGAACUCUGGUGCCUGAAGCUAUCUACCUGCCCCCAUCAGGACAUCGGCUGAUCACACACACAGAGUGGGAAGGACUCCAAACACAAGUGGUUGAACUUCAGAGAGAACUGACCCAGUUAAAAGAGCAGAAGGCAGAACUUGAGAAAGAGCUGGACACUCAGACGACAGAAACCCAGAAACAGGCAGCAGUGCUCCAGUCACAAGUGCAGACCUCUGAGACUCUUCUCCAAGAGCUACAGAAAUCCUUUAGCCAAUCGCAGAGUGCUGUACAGAGCCGAUUGAAAGAGCUGUCCUUGUCUCAGAGGAAAGUGUGUAAUGAGCUGUCCAGGUUAAAAGGUGGAGAGACGGAAGAUAACGCAGCCGGAGAUAAACACCCAGAGCUGUUUACUUUACAGGGAGCGCACACGGAAGAAAGGCUGCGUAUUGAAAUCGUGAACUUGAGAGAGCAGCUGGCGAUGCGAACAGAAGAGAGCGAGGUCCUGGAGGUCAAACUCUCCAGCCUUAAGACAGAGACUGACCGCAUCCAAAGUGAAAAAGAAAAGUUGGAAAGAGAGCUGCAGGAAUGUCUCACUGAGGUGCAAGGCCUCCGGGUGGCACUGUCACAUCUCCAGAGUGACAGCAAGGUCCAGAGCCGUGACAAGGCUGCGCUUCAUGAACAGUAUUUAGAGCUGCGCAGUCAGGUGAUCAGUCUGCGCAGUCAGUUGGACACAAGCCAGGCUGUACAGAGAGACUUCGUACAGCUCUCACAGUCACUACAGGUAAAGAUGGAGCAAAUUCGUCAGGCUGAAUCUCUGGACCAAGUCAAGCACCUUGGAGAACAACUUGAAGUAGAAAGUGACCAGCACAACAGUUUCUAACCCUAAACCCUGUCUCUGGACUAAAGCGAAACGGAGCGCUUUAUGUUAAGGCCACAGAAGUGAACCAGGAUCAAGCUCAAGAAUUUGUCAAAUUAAGAGUGCAGCAAACUCUUACCAAUUAUUAUUAUUAUUAUUAACCGUGGUAAAUUUAGAAUACUGACAUAUUUUUCAGUGGAUAUUCAUCUUUCAUCUCAACUAACUAUCUGAAGCAUUUUGCAGUGUAGGUUGCAAGCUCAGCGAUUUAGAGCUAUAAGAUGACCAACGCAAGUCUUCGACAAUGUGUCCUCUAACCCCAAAACCCAUUUAUAGUAGCUGUACAGUAAAGGGUGGUGGAUGAUCACUUGGCCAGUAUACAUGAUAACUCCUGCUAAAUUUUACAUAAACAUAGUCGUUCAUAUAUUCUGUGUUUUGGUCACCAGCUAAAUUAUCGAAACUUUUAAAUCUGUGGAACUGAGGGAACUAUUAUAUAUUUUAUAUAUGAACUUUUCUAGACUCUGACCCUGUGUAAUCUUAUGACUCUAUGUGAAAAUAAAUUAAACACUAGAUUUAAUCUGGGACCAAGACACCAGUCUUGGCGUUCAUUAACCACUCCUCUAGUCUCAUGAUAAUAUUUAUCAUGUCUGCCAUUAACAGCUUUAGAAGUCAUACAAAUGUAAAUUAACAUUUGGAUUCGCAGCAAGAGUUUUCUCUCGGGCUUUGUCUUCCACUUGGACAUGUUUUAUUAAAAAAAAAAAAACUUUUGCCCAA